AUGGAUGUCUUGGCUAGUUAUAGUAUAUUCCAGGAACUCCAGCUUGUCCACGACACCGGCUACUUCUCAGCUUUGCCAUCCUUGGAGGAAAACUGGCAGCAGACAUGCCUGGAGUUGGAGCGAUACCUUCAGACUGAGCCACGGAAGAUCUCCGAGACCUUUGGUGAGGAUUUGGACUGCUUCCUUCAUGCCUCCUCAGCCCCAGAUGCAGAGGACAAUAUCCGACGGCUGGACCCCAUCCUUUUACCAGUGGAGACGAGUACGUGUGACAAAAGCGCCAACAUGGACAUUAUCCUCUCACGGGACAAGCUGCUAUCUGAGACGUGCCUCAGCUUGCAGUCCACCAGCUCUUCCACAGAAGGCUACACAGCCGUCAACCAGGCCCAACUCAAUGCAGUAACCUCAUUAACGCCCCCUUCCUCUCCAGAGCUCAGCCGCCACCUUGUAAAAACCUCACAAACUCUUUCAGCAGUGGAUGGCACGGUGACGUUGAAACUGGUGGCCAAGAAAACUUCGCUCAGCUCUGUGAAAGUGGGUGUAGCAACAGCGACCGCGGGGACGCUAAAAAGUGGGCAAAGUGACAGUGAACAAGGAGGUACAGGGGCAGAAGCAUCCCCAGAAAACAAGAAGAGGGUUCAUCGCUGUCAAUUUAAUGGGUGCCGGAAGGUUUAUACAAAGAGCUCCCACUUAAAGGCUCACCAGAGGACUCAUACAG